AUGGCAAGAUGGCGACGACCCAGAGAAAAGCCGCGGAGGCACUUCCGGCCCCGCCCCCUCGCCGUGUCUCACUUCCAGCCCCGCCCCGCGUGCACGAUGGCACGGUACGCCGUUGCUAUGGCAGCGUCCUGGGCGCCCUGCUUUAGAGUUUCGAGGGAUCCCUGGAGCCGCAGGCGCUCCGGAGGAAGUUCUGUGAGCUUGCCAGACACAGAGCUGAGGCUGCGACGCCGGAGACAGGGAUGGGAGGGCCGCUUGCGGCCAGCCCUGAACCAGGAAGCCAGGAGCCAGAAAGCCAGGCACCUGCAUGAGUCCCGGACCUCACAGCCUAGUCCAAAAGCUGGACAUAGUCGGUCACUCCAGCUUCAUGGGCAAACAUCUGUGAGAGGAGCUGUGGGGAUGGCACACCUGCUAGGCAGCCAGGCUUGUAUGGACAGCCUGCGCAAGGACCUCACCGACCUGCAAGGCACCAUUGUGGAUGUGUUCUCCCGUGCCGGGCCUGUGCGCUUCCCCUCCUGGAAGUUUCCUGACCGUGUGGCCUGUGACCUUGACAUGGUGGCCCUUCUAGAGCACUAUGACCAUGUGCCAGGUGACCCUGAGUUCACACAGUUGUCCCAUGCCGUGCUGCUGGAGCUGGUCAUUGACAGGCUCCUGCUGCUACUUCAGAGUUGUGCCAGCUACGUGGAGAACCUCAGUUUGGAGCAGAUGAUGCCUCCUGCCCGGGUUGCAGGGCCAUGCAUGUCCGUGGGGCUUACAGUAAGGCGCUUCUGGAGCAACCUGCUUAGGCUGGGCAUGCACUACCAGCAGGUAGUCCCCCAGAAAAGAACAAACCAAGGGGAGAUUUCUAUCACCAAGCCCACAGCUAAGGGUGAACCAGCCAGGAGCCCUGAAUGUAUGACUGCCAAGUUCAUCAAGCCCCCCUCCCCCGUGCCAGGUUUGCCUUUGAUCUGCCAAGGGCUGCAGAGCCUCCCUGUCAGAGUCUCCCUGCGGAGCCCAGGUGGGACCUCUGAGAAAACUAAGAGCGUCUACUCCCAGACCGUCGAGACAGCCUUGGUACCCUGUGAUGCUUGCACCAGUGUCCAGGGCAGCCUAUGGGAGGUGGGCAAGGUGAUUAUCAACCUAUGUCAGAGCCAAAACUUGCCUUCAUCCUUGGGCCAGUUCCAGAGAUUGGUGCAGGACAGCCUGGGGCUUAAACCACUGCCAGCUGCCACCGUGGGCCACUGGGCAGCAGAGCAGAGCAAAGACCUGACUCGUCUCAAUAAACACGUGGGGGCCCUCACCCAGCUUGUUGGGCCCCUUAGGGCCCAGCUGGAAGAGGCUGAGGGGCAGAAGGAUGGACUGAGGAAGCAGGUGAGCAAACUGGAACAGACCCUGCAGCAGGAGCAAGGGGAGCGGCAGCGGCAGACAGAAGAGGCUAAGCGGACCCUGGCCCAGUUCGAGCAUGACAGGCACCAGCUGCUCACAGAAACAUGUGACCUAAAGACAAAGGUGGCCAUUCUGGAGGAAGACCUGAAACAGCAGCAGAAGUCCAUGCAGGCCAUGGAGGCAAAGGCCCAGCAGCUGGAAGAGGAAGGUGAGCGUAGGGCGGCAGCUGAGAGACAGGUGCAGCAGCUGGAGGAGCAGGUGCAGCUGCUGGCAGGGCGGCUGGAUGGGGCUAGCCAGCAGAUCCGCUGGGCUAGCACAGAGCUGGACAAGGAGAAGGCCCGCGUCGACAGCAUGGUCCGUCAUCAGGAGUCCCUGCAGGCCAAGCAGAGGACUUUGCUGCAGCAGCUGGACUGUCUGGACCAGGAGCGGGAAGAGCUGCGGGGCAAUCUGGAUGAGGCUGAGGUCCAGCGGUCUGAGUUGGAGGAGCAGCUGCAGAGCCUCCAGAGCGAAAGGGAACAGGGACAGUGCCAGCUGCAGGCCCAGCAGGAAGUGCUGCAGAGCCUGCAGCAGGAGAAACAGGACCUGGAACAGGUAAUUACAGACCUGCAGCUGACCAUCUCAGAGCUGCAGCAGCAGCUGGAGGAACUGAAGGAACGGGAGCGACUGCUGGUGGCCUUCCCAGACCUGCACCAGCCAGUGGAGGCCCAGAUCCAAAGCUCUAGCAAUGUCACCCAUGACAUGGAGAGGCAAGUGCAAGCCAAUGACAUCCGAAUCCAGGUCCUACAGGAGGAGAACAAGCGGCUCCAGUCCAUGCUGACCAAAAUCCGGGAGGUGGCCCAGCAGGGAGGCCUCAAGAUGGUCUCGCAGGGCCAGCUCUGGUCCUCUCCCUACAAGGGCAUCCAGGGAACAAUACCCCCAGCCCAGGCCCAGAGUGCAUUGUCAGGACCCACAGGCAGACGGCAGUCUCCUGGCAGCAAGACAAGCGGUUCAGGCAAGACCCAUCCAGGCGGGCCCCGAACAUCCCCCUCUCGGCAGCCUGGCAGCUUGCCCAGCAAGUCCUCUUCGGGGGAUGGAGCCCAUUCAGCCACCUGCACCCAGAACCCCAUAAGGGCCUUGGCCAGGCUGAGGAGAAAGCUUUCACCGAACAGAGGUCAGGCUGGUUCUCCAUACCAGCCCCAGGAGCGGCCCAUGUAACCCGCAGCAGGGGUAGGGCUGGAGGGUAGGUGGCUAGCAACCCCCCAUGGAAUAAAAGCCCCAGCCAUCUGCCCACAGCUAUCUUGGCCUCAGCGUGGCUGAGCUGGGGGAACAGACCUUCCCUUCUUGUUGGGUAAGGGCCUCUGUGAUCCCACCAUGCAGGUCGCUGGCCAACAGAAGCCUGGCACUGAGUUGGGAGCUUCCUGUUUGCUCCAGAUGGGCCUGUGGGAGGACCACACUGAGGGGUAGCCAGGUCACCUGAGCAGAGUGAAGCACAGCCUUCCCAUAGAAAGGGCUGAGGGGACUGGGUUUCCUGACGGCACUCAGGUUAGGACUCGGGUGUGAGCACACAUCUGAAAUAAGGAGCCAGAGGCCAGGAGCUUGCUGCUCGCCCUCUGGUUCAGCAAGGCAGGCAGAGAACAGUGUUGUUUUUGCCUUUGUCGCCCACCCGGGCUCUGCAUCUCAUGCAGACCAAAGAGCAUCAGGCAGCUCACCAAAGAGCUUGCUCCUCUAGGAACUGCUGCGAGGUCCCUCUCAAGCCCUACAGGUCAGAGCCCCACCAAACCAUGGGAGGAAAGUCCAGGACUUUGGAUACCUUAGCCAUCCAUGGUUUGAUGAAAAUUAGACUUUGGGGCUCACCUAGUUCAGGAUGACACAAGAUCAAACAAGGAUGCUACCGCCACACCAUGUACAUGUGGUCACUUUUCUAAGGAAGCCACUAGCCUGUGUUGAGUCACAUUUGUGAUGGACAGGCUCUAAGUUUUCCUGAGAUUUUCUCAGGGCACACUAACCAGUGUGGGUGGCAUUAUUUGUUGUGUAGUAGGGUUGAGUGCCUAAGUUUACAGUGAAGGAUCAGUGGUCAGGUCUCCCAACUUGCUUCUUUUUUUGGGAGGGGUGUAUUUCAAGACAGCACUUCUCUGUGUAGCCCUGGCUGUCCUAGAACUCUGUAGACCAGGCUGGCCUUGAACUCACAGAGAUCCACCUGCCUAUGCCUCUCAAGUGCUGGGAUUAAAGGUGUGUGCCACCACCGCUGGCCCAACUCUGUUUCUUAACAGCCCAGGGGGUCUGGGGCAGACUGAAUACUCUGAGUCACUCUACCAGGGGAGAGCCUGCUUUGGGCAUAGCUCCGAGAGAGGCCUUGUGACUGCUGAAUAUUCCAGGCCUCUGCUGACUCAAACAUCCUCUUAUUAGCUCUCACUUGUGCCAGUUAGUAGGCCAGACCCUUCUCCUCUAGGUGACAUAUACCCUAGGGAGGCUGAAACAGGAGGAUUGAGAGCUUGAGGCUAGCCUAUGCCAUAUAGUGAGAACCUAACUCAGACAAGAGAUGGACAGGCAUAGAAUAGGAAAAAUAAAAAAGUCCAAAAGUCAAUUCGACCAGGCCCUUUGCUCAGAGGAGAAAAUUAAGGUAUCACUCAAUAUGUCUCCUUUUAGAUGGCUCUUGGCCAGAGUCCUCCUGGCUGGGACAGAGCUGGAUGCUUAGACCUGGGCUGUGGUGCUGAGGUCCCUACCCCCUGCUGCUCUUGCCUGGCCCUGACUUGUACCACCCACCUUCAGGAAGGCAGCAGAGGUGAGCAUGGUAGCACACCUUUAGUCCUAGUACUCAGGAGGCAGAGGCAAGAGGAUCUCUUUGAGUUUAAGGCUAGCCUGGUCUACAUAGCAAGUUCCAGAACAGCAAGGGCCACAUACAGACACAGUCUCAAACAGAAAAGAGAAAGAAAGAAAAGGGGGUGCAGCAGAGAAUGUGAGAAAGGGGGAAUGUGCAGCAGGGAAUGGUGUCUCCUGCAUGGAAUCCCCUUCAGCCCCUGACCACCUCCUGCUUCCCAUGGGCUCAUGUGUUGGCCAGUUGCUUUUCUCAUUUCUAUUGCUAUCGUUUGGUGCUGGAACAGAAUUCAGGCCCCUUGUGCAUAUGAGGCAGGUUCUCUACCAGUUCGCGCCAUGCCCCAGCCCUUGCCUCUCAUCUGAAGAUCACUCUACAUAACCUACUCACAGGGGCUAGAAUUUCUAGAGUCAACAUUUUAAAGAUAGUGCAAGGCCUUGAGGAAUGUAAGGAUUCUACUGUUCCCAGCAAGAGAAACCAAGGUGAUUGGUUUUCGUCUGUUUUUCUCUUUGAGAGUAGCCCAGGCUUGUCUAUGCAGCCAAGGAUGAUCGAGAGUUCAUGACCCUCUGGUUUCCCUUACCAGAGGCUACAGAACAAGGGGAUUACAGGGACUGCCCAGGAGCCCAGUUUAGCCUUGAACUUUUUGUUUUGUUUUGUUAUUUGAGACAGGGUCUCUCUGUGUAGCCCUGGCUGUCUUGGAACUUACUAUGUAGACCAGGCUGGGCUUGAAUUCACAGAGAUCUGCCUGCCUCUGCCUCACCAGUGCUAGGACUAAAGGGGUACACUACUGUGCCCAGCUGGCCUUGAACUCUUAAUCCUCCUGUCUCCAACUCCAGGUUUCUGGGAUUAUUGGCAUAUGCCACCACAUAUCCAUCUUUUCCUUAACAUCUUAAAACAUCACACAGAUUUAUGUCUUAUAUGUUAAAAUAUACUCCAUGUUUAUUUUACUAUUAAAACUUCCCUACCCAAA